AUGGCCAAGACAGAGUCGAGUCCUUUACUUUCUGUUCAUCCUUCAACUUGCUUGGUUGAUGAAAAAUUUGAGGUGGAAGUUGAGCUCUUGCCCGCCGAUUCCAAAAUCACUCUUCACGCGCUGAUUCACUCUGACGAUGGAGACGAUUGGGAAGCAUUCGGCCACUACACCAGUGACUCUUCAGGGACCGUUAAGGUUUCCAGAGAUAAAAGUCUUGGUGGGACAUUUGAGGGAGUUGAAGCCAUGGCUCUGCUGUGGAGUAUGAGACCUGUUCCUGAAAGUAAAACAGUUCGCCGAUUUCAGAAGAACAAUGUCCAGACACCAGUUAAAGUGGUGUUUUCUGUGCAUGAAGGACACCUUGCUAAGGGCUUCAAGCAUCACACACCCCUCACAUCAGCUACUGCUGAACGCUGGUAUGUGGCUCCUGAUGUCCAGAGGGUUGAAGUCGCAGAGCGCGGGAUAAAGGGGACACUCUUCAUUCCCCCAGGUUCUGGACCCUUCCCUGCUGUACUGGACCUUUCGGGCGGGCAGGGGGGUCGUGUUGAGUAUCGUUCAGCGCUCCUGGCUUCCCACGGCUACGUCUCGCUGGCCCUGGAAUACAUCGGGCUCCUGAAUGCGGAAGGAAAACUACAGCACAUGGACAACACCUACUUUGAGACUGCCUUUAUGUUGUUAAAAAAACACCCUAAAGUUUGUCCUGACAAAGUAGCUGUGAUGGGGAUGUCAUUUGGGGUCUCUGUAACUCUGGGUUUGACGGCAUACUCAGAAAUUAUGGAGCCCAAGUGUGUGGUCUGUGCAAGUGGGAGUCACAUAAUGCCGCUCAAAGGAUCUUUGGCGGAUGUCUAUGCAGCAAUGCAAGAGAACGUCGAAAAAAUGCGCUAUGAUGAAAAGAUGAGAAUAAUUUGGCGGGAUCUGCUGUUGCCAAUACCAGUUGACCCUUCCAAGAAAGUCGAGAUGGGCAAAAUCAAAUGUCCUGUUUUAUUGAUCGCUGGUGAGGAUGAUCAAAACUGUCCGGCAUCAGAAUCUGCAGCGGAUAUGAAGAAGAUGAUGGAGAAGGCUGGGAACGGUCAUCUGCUAACUGUUCUCUCGUACCCUGGAACCGGUCAUCUUAUUGAACCGCCCUACAGCCCUCACGUCCGAUUCAGUGACUUCAAGUUACUGGAGGCAAAGACCAAAGUGGUGAAUCUUUGGGGAGGAGAGACAGCGCCUCACGGUCGAGCUCAGGAGGAGUCCUGGGAGAAAACACUCGCUUUCCUAGAGGAGCAUCUCUGUGACAACAGCAUAGAAGUUACACCAUGCUAAUCAUCAUGUGUGUGUAUAUAUACAUGUGUGUAUAUAU